AUGAAAAACUACGAGACAAUCGAGGUUGUAGGCGAUGGUGCAUUCGGAACAGUCCUUAAGUGCAAGAAUAGAGAGACUGGACAGCUUGUAGCCAUCAAGAAAAUGAAACAAAGAUAUACAUCUUGGGAAGAAUGCUGCCAAUUAAAGGAAGUCACAUCAUUACGAAAAAUUAAACACCAAAAUGUCGUUCGCUUGCUUGAAGUUUUCAGGGAAGAAGAACAUUUAUUUUUGGUUUUCGAAUUACUCCAUGGUUCAAUGUACAAAUCAAUCCGAGACCAUGACGGACCAUUUAGUGAAGCUCAAGUACGCUUUUGUAUGAAGCAAAUCCUUCUCGGUUUGCAAUAUGUUCAUCGAUGCGGCUUCUUCCAUCGUGAUAUGAAGCCAGAGAAUCUCUUGUGGGAUGGCGAUACCCUUAAGAUAUGUGAUUUUGGUCUUGCAAGAGAAAUCAGAAGCAAGCCUCCUUAUACUGAAUACGUUUCUACUAGAUGGUACAGAGCUCCAGAAAUUGUACUUCGCCAUCAAUUCUACAACUCACCAGUUGACAUUUGGGCAGCUGGUUGCAUCAUGGCCGAGCUUUUUACCUCCAAACCAUUGUUCCAAGGUACGUCAGAGACUGAUCAGCUCUUCAAGAUAUGCUCCGUCUUAGGAACACCAGGACCAGGAAACUGGCCUGAUGGAGCUAAACUCGCUCAGAGACUUAACAUUCGCUUGCCAUCAUUUGCACCAACGCCGUUGCACACAAUCAUACCUAACGCUUCACCAGAAGCUAUCGAAUUACUUACAGAAAUGCUCCAAUACGAUCCAGCAAAGAGGCCAAGCGCUUCAAAGGCAUUACAGCAUCCUUGGUUCAAUGGACCGAUGGAACCAAUAUCAAAGAUGACUCCAAAGACUCCUCCAAAGGUUUUCACGUCAGUUGAGAAAGUUGAUGAAAAUAAGAAGAUGAAAGAGGAUGAAUCUAUCAAAGUUCACGUUACAGACUUCUCCAAAGGGCCAGCACAGAUUCCUCCACGCAGGCUCGUACAAGAAGAGGAAGAAGAAUUGAAAGAUCCUUCCUUCGAUGAUAUUUUCGAGAAUCUUUAG